AUGGGGUGGUCACUGUUCCUGAUUCUGUCCCUCUUUCAGUCUCUGUUGCUUCAAAAUCAUGUUUCAUUUGCUCAAAUGAUGAUGGCACAAGAAGAAGACUUGGACGAAGAAGAAUUGUCAGCCAACCUGUUUGCUCCUCCCGAUGAAAUUCAAGUCUUUGCUCCUUCUCAAUUUCCCAAACCGACUCAUUUGAUUCAAGAUGGUCCUCCAGGAGUAACCGUAGUGGUCGAACCCGUCUUUGGUCAUCAUCGUCCGGAUCAAGAUGCCAUUUUUGCGUAUGCCGAAGGCUACGGACUCGAGUAUUACAUGAUGUUUGUGGAAACACUCGCCGACACUGGGUUCAAAGGCGACUAUGUCUUGGCCAUUUCCGAACCGGCCAUGAUCAAACCCAACGUUAUGGAAUAUUUGCAAUAUCAGAAUCGCGUGCAUGUCGUUAUUUACAACAAUGAAUUGUCCUGUUUGGAUACCAACGGCAAUCCCGGUGCCAAACGACGCAAUAUGCCCCACGGAGGACUCGAUAUCUUUCAAAUGUGUCAAUUGGCCGAUGUGUAUGGUUGGAAAGAUGCGCAUAAUGGUGGCGUUCGCAUUGCCCCCGAUCCACGCGCCCAUCGGGUCGUUGCGACACUCCGUUACGAAUGGUACUGGAUCUGGGCCCAGCAGUAUCAACCCAAUGUUUGGAUUCUCCUCAUUGACGCCCGCGAUUCCUUUUUUCAAUCCGAUCCAUUUGCUCAUGUUCCACCGCGACAAUCACCUUCGUCCAAGGAUGGAUUGUUGUACUUUUUUGGAGAAAAUCACGAAGCGACGCGAUUGGGAAAAUCCACCAAGAAUCGCAAUUGGCUCCGUAAUGCGUAUGGGGAAGCCGUGAUUAAUGCAUUGAAGGAUAAACCCACGAUUUGUUCCGGAUCCACCAUGGGAGAACAAAUUGCACUCGAAACAUACUUGCGAGCGCUCGUCAAUGAAUGGGAUGAAACUGAUAUUGGAAUGACGGGAGCCGAUCAAGGAUUUCAUAAUUAUCUCUAUUACAGUCGCAAAUUACAAGGUGCCGAAACCAUUCGAGAAAUUAUUGUCUGGGAACAAGGAAAAGGUAUUGUCAACAAUCUGGGGGCAUUACGGACCAAAAAGCUCACCGAGUGGGGCAUUUACAAUCCACAAACGCAUGAAAUAUUCAAUUGGGAUCUCAAAACAUUGUCGCCCGUAGCGCAUCAAUGGGAUCGAGAUGAAGCCGUACAUACGUGGCUCUAUCGAAAUCAAAUGCAAGAAUGGGUACGAGAAUGGAAGAGUGGUGCCUAUCAAAAACGACAAGAACAGAGAGUGAAGGCGAGGUAGUUGUCAUCAUACAGUAGGUAGCAAGAAAGACAAUUCACUACACUACAUACACUACAUUACAUUACAUUACCUUGGCUACUUUCUUUCUAGUUAGUUAGUCUAGUAGUUAGUUGAUCAUGAGUAUGCCAGCUGCAUUCAUAACAUUAUCCCCCAUUCCCUCCCACCUGCCUUUUGUAUCUAUAUCUGUUG